GCCUGAAAUUGGUUUUUGGCUCGUGCCGCGGGUUUAGAAUCGUGUGCACUCCCUCGCGAGCCGCGCGACCUUCGCUGGACUGCCGCCGACGCCAUCUUGGCUUCUGCGCUGCAAGACCUGGCAGCCACCGCGCAGCAGCACAAAUCGACCUCGCUCUGGGAUCUAGGGCGCAGGACACGACGGAAAUCAAAUGGCCCACUCCGUAGGAGAAGUCGUCGAAGUCCUCGACGCGAGCAGCGGCUGGCUCCCCGCGAGAGUAUUGCGGAGGCACGAGGACGGCGCCUACGACGUGAGCGUGAACCUCGACGAGACGAUCCACCUCGGCGACGCGGCCGCCUGCCUGUCACUACUGUGCGCGGGCGACCAAGAAUCGAAGAUCCGAGCGGCGCUCGGUUUUUACCUUGACCCGUCGAAGACGUCACUCACACUACCGGCGCUACGAGCUUACCUCACGUCCAUCUUCAAGGUCGUCUUCGAGGCCCGGAACUUCUCGGAUGAGGAACGUACAAAGAAGCCGUCUCCCCGGUCAACGGGAGACGCGACCGCUCGUCGCUGCUUCGAAGACCACGGCCUGACGGAAAAUGAAUCCAUACACGUGGACGACUUCGUGCAGUGGUACAUCGAUACUUUGUCUGGUAAAAGUACGACUGAGGAGGAGGAAGAGGACUGGACGGCGGAGGCCAUCGUCGAAGCCGCCUUCAAGCCUACCGAUGCGGAACAAGCGUUCGCGUACCUCGCGCAGUACCGCGAUUCCAGAAAUCAGGUCUCUAGACAAGCCUUCGCGGAGGCGAUCCGGGGCAUGCUCUCCACGGAACCCUCAGCAUCGUUGACGAGCGCCACGGAUGCUCUUUUUGACGCGUUCGACAGCGACGGCAACGGUAGUAUCGAUUUUGCUGAAUUAGGUGCGGGUUUAUCGGUAUUGUGUGGCGGCGACGCGGAGCAGCGCGUGCGACUAGCUUUUUCAUUAUUUGAUUUAGAUGGGGACGGGACCAUAUCACCUCGGGAGAUGACCCGUUAUUUAGGUGCGGUGUUUCGCGUCGCGUUCGCGCCUGUGUGGAAAUCAAAUUUCGGGCGCCCCACGAUGGCGUGGAGGCUCACGAAGGUCCACGCGAUAACCUAACUCACUGGUUGAUUUCCACGCAGGUUCGCGCGCGACGAGACGCUCCGAGCGAGAGUGGCCGCAACACCGGAAGAGCUCGCCGACGCGACGGCGAAGCAGGCCUUCGCGCUGUGCGACACGAACCGAGACGGAAGGUUAGAUUAUCGAGAAUUUAGGAGGUGGUACCUUACGCAGAAUGGGGAGCAGGAUUCGCAAGUCGUCGAGGCGCAGGACGCCAUUGCCGCUCUACAGAACCGAUUGCGCGGUUUGGACCCGCGGCAGGUGUUCCGGCAACUGGGGGCCUACGCGAACGGCGAAGGAAGACUCACCAGAGCUCGCUUCGCGCGGGCCUUCGCGGAACUUUUUGGAGACGCUCCGGAAUCGGAUGCGAAGGCCGUGCUGAACGCUGCUUUUGAUCUCUUUGACGACAAUAACGACGGUCUCGUGGACGGUGCUGAGCUCGCUGCAGGAUUGGGUAGCUUGUGCGGUGGGCGGCACGACGUGAAAGUGAGGCUAUGUUUUGAUCUAUUUGAUGCGGACAACGACGGCUAUCUGGACGAAUGGGAGGUGAGGAGAUACCUACGGUCAGUCUAUCGCACCGCGCCGGGCCAAGAUUUGAUGGACGAAGACGGCGAGCGCGUGCGGCCGGAGGACUUGGCCGCGGCGACGGCCUCGACCAUCAUCCGGGAGGCGGACAGCGAUGGGGAUGGUCGCGUCUCGUUCGACGAGUUCGCGCGGUGGAUCGCGUCCGAUAGCGUCGAGGAGGAGUCAGACUCUUCAGAGGCGACCACGGAAGAGGCCAUCACCACGGAGGCCCUGUACGGCGAGUCCGAAGAAGAUGAUGAUACCGAUGCGGCCGCGUCCCAGGAAAGAAGUUCACCUAGGUACCAAACGGUUGACCCGGCGCCUCCGCCGGGCGCGGCUGCGGCGGUCCAUGAGCUCCGGGAAGCUCGAGCUUUACUCAAUCUGGACCACUUCUCGUUGGACGAGUUGGUGGAAGUUGUGGUGGAGGCGGCGCCGCGAGGUGGUUUAAGUGCGGAGGCCUUUGCCAAGGUCUGUCGGAGACUCGCGACGUUGGGGGGCAACGGCCGCGGCGACCAGGACACGAGGAACGCCGCCGCGCGUUUAUCUCGACGCAUUUUCGCGGCGUUCGACGCCCAGGAGACGGACGACGUCGACUUCGUGGAGGUCGCCGCGGGCUUGGCCGUACUCGCGCCGGCGUCAAUGGACGACAAGAUCGAGGCGGCCUUCGCGUUGUACGACGUGACGAGAGGCGGCGUGGCCUUCGAGGAACUGCGGGGCUACCUCCUGGCGGUCUACCGCGUCCUGCGGGCUUGUUCCGCCUCGCUCGCACUCCGCAUCCACCAGGCCGGCGGGCCCCUGAAGCUCGCGGACGACACGGCGGCGGCGUGCUUCCGGUCGAGAAGAUUAGGAGACGACGCGCCGCUCGACGUCCAGCUCUUCAAGGAGUUCGUCUGCGAGGGCAUCUCGGCCGCCUACGAGCUCUGACCCCUUUUUCCCCCCACCCCCCGCUCGACUAAAACUCGGAUCCCUAC